AACUGAUGAGCCACGCGACAAAACAGUAUGCAUUUGUCUAUUUUACACCAUGCGACACUACCCUUCUAUCACAGCUGCUAACGUGCGCCUCCGCCCUCCAUUAUUCUUAUUUUUAAGCUCUACCAUCUUCGUAGCUCUUUAUCUCCACUACAAAACCUAUAAAGUUGAUUAUACUUUUGUUGGGGUGAUUGAUCAACAAUCAUGCAAGAGUUUGCUAGGCCCCAGUCCUUGUUACUCCAACUCGCUUUAACUUCCUUUGUCUUUUUGAGCUUUGUGAAUACUGGGAAUGCAGGGAUCACUAGCACUUUCAUUCGUUCAGAAUGGCCAUCUGUUGACAUUCCUCUAGACAAUGAAGCAUUUGUGGUUCCAAAGGGUUAUAAUGCACCACAACAGGUGCGUAUCACCCAAGGUGACUAUGAUGGAAAGGCUGUAAUCAUCUCAUGGGUGACAACUGAUGAACCAGGGCCCAGUAAAGUACAAUAUGGUACAUCACAAAAAGGAUAUGAUUUAACUGCCGAGGGGUCGACAACAAGCUACACCUUUUACAAAUAUAAGUCAGGCUACAUCCAUCAUUGCCUCAUUGAUGGACUCCAGUAUGACACCAAGUACUAUUACAAGAUAGGGCAGGGUGAUUCUUCUCGUGAAUUUUGGUUUCAAACACCUCCAAAGAUUCAUCCAGAUGCUUCUUACAAAUUUGGGAUCAUUGGCGAUUUGGGACAGACAUACAAUUCUCUUUCUACUCUUGAGCAUUACAUGCAGAGUGGAGGGCAGACUGUCUUAUUUGUUGGAGAUCUUUCUUAUGCUGAUAGAUAUGAGUACAAUGAUGUCGGUUUACGGUGGGACACAUGGGGUCAAUUUGUUGAAAGAAGCACAGCAUAUCAGCCAUGGAUUUGGUCUGCUGGAAAUCACGAAAUAGAGUACAUGCCUUAUAUGGGAGAAGUUCUUCCUUUCAAAUCCUAUCUCCAUCGAUAUACUACACCUUAUUUGGCCUCUAAAAGCAGCAAUCCUCUUUGGUAUGCCAUCAGACGUGCAUCUGCUCAUAUAAUCGUGCUAUCCAGCUAUUCACCGUUUGUGAAGUACACACCUCAAUGGGUGUGGCUCUAUGAAGAAUUUAAAAAGGUUGACAGGGAGGAGACCCCUUGGCUCAUUGUUCUUAUGCACGUUCCCAUCUACAAUAGCAAUGAAGCGCACUACAUGGAGGGUGAAAGUAUGCGAGCAGAAUUUGAGAGUUGGUUUGUCCAUUACAAAGUUGAUGUAGUCUUCGCUGGCCAUGUCCAUGCUUAUGAAAGAUCUUAUCGAAUCUCAAAUAUACACUACAAUGUAACAAGUGGUGAGCGGUACCCUGUACCAGACAAAUCAGCGCCUGUUUACAUUACAGUUGGAGAUGGAGGAAAUCAGGAAGGCCUUGCUGGAAGGUUUAUAGAUCCACAACCAAAUUAUUCUGCAUUCCGGGAAGCCAGUUACGGACAUUCUACAUUGGAGAUUAAAAAUAGGACACAUGCAUUCUACCAUUGGAACCGUAAUGAUGAUGGGAAAAAAGUGGCAACUGACUCAUUCAUAUUACACAAUCAAUACUGGGGAAGCAAUAUGAGAAGGAGAAAACUGAAGAAGCAUUACCUAAGGAGUGUUGUUGACCCGAUUACCAAUUAUUGAUAAGAGUCCAACCACCUCAAAUGAGAUGCCUUUAUAUAGUUUCAGAGGGAAAUGAAUUUGCUGAGAGAUUUAUUUGACUGAGGAUGUAUUAUUUGCUUUCUGUAGAAAGAUAAUCUGGCAGUUCUUAGCUAGUGAUUGCAUCCCUCUUGAAAGGGAAUAUUGUGCAUCUUCAUUGUGGAACUUCCAAUUCUAAUUGUUGAAUAAGAUACCAUUAUUCCAUA